UUCAUCACUUCUUAUACAUAUCAUGGGUUCUUGUGCAAAUUUGAUUGUCAUUUGUUUGCUUAUUUGUCUAGCUUCUGAGCAAAUAAACGCUCAGGCACGUUGGCUCAAUGCUCAUGCAACUUAUUAUGGAGCCGAUCAAAAUCCCACCUCUCUUGGAGGAGCAUGUGGUUAUGAUAACACAUUUCAUGCUGGAUUCGGAGUAAACACGGCGGCUGUGAGCGGUGCACUAUUUAGAAGCGGCGAGGCGUGCGGAGCUUGCUACCAAGUGAUGUGUAACUUCAAGCUUGAUCCCAAGUGGUGCCUCCGUCGCGCUCUUGUCACUGUCACCGCCACCAACUUUUGCCCACCGAACAACAACGGUGGCUGGUGCGACGGCCCGCGCCACCACUUUGACAUGUCGAUGCCCGCUUUUUUUCGCAUGGCUAGACGAGGAGAUGAAGGCAUAGUUCCUGUUCUUUACCGAAGGGUGGCAUGUAAAAGAAACGGCGGUGUUCGAUUUACAUUGAAGGGACAAUCAAACUUCAACAUGGUAAUGUUCAGCAACGUGGGAGGGAGUGGUGACAUAAAGAAUGCAUGGAUCAGAGGCUCCAGAUCAAGAAGAUGGGUUCAAAUGCAUAGAAACUGGGGAGCAAAUUGGCAGAGCAGUGUUGAUCUCAGAAACCAAGCUCUUUCUUUUAGGCUGCGUUUGGUUGAUGCUAAAUUUCUUAAUUUUUAUAACGUCGUUCCUUCCUCUUGGAACUUCGGACAAACUUUCUCUUCUGCAGCUCAAUUUACCUAGCACCGAAAACACACAGGAAUUCGGUCCUCAAUAGGCGCCUACAGUAUUGUUAAUUUCUUAUAUAUUUUUAUUUAUUACUGUGUUGAUUAAAAAAGUAUAUAAAGUUUAUGUAAUGAUUUGUAUCA